UGUAAUUCGUUCUCCGCGCCGUAACCACAUUCGAAAAAAAAACAAAAUGACAGGUCGCGGAAAAGGCGGGAAGGGGCUUGGUAAAGGAGGCGCGAAACGUCACCGAAAAGUCUUGAGGGACAAUAUCCAAGGCAUUACCAAACCUGCUAUCAGAAGAUUGGCGAGACGAGGCGGCGUGAAACGAAUAUCUGGCCUAAUUUACGAAGAAACUAGAGGCGUACUGAAGGUUUUCUUGGAGAAUGUCAUUCGUGAUGCAGUGACAUACACAGAACAUGCCAAAAGGAAAACUGUGACCGCUAUGGAUGUGGUAUACGCGUUGAAGAGGCAAGGGCGAACGAUUUACGGAUUUGGAGGUUGAUUUUUUAAUAAUAAUAAAUAUUUUGUUGAUUGUUUUGUUGUUUUAAUCAAAAGUACUGACAAAGUCCUUUUCAGGACUGAA